AUGGGCGCUAGUGACUCCAAGAUCAUUUUCAAACGGGGUAUAUUCCGACUUUCUGAGGAGCGGGAUAUUCCCGCCAACGAUGACUACUGGACUUCGUUUUGGGAGCUUCCAGAGUCCUCGGAGGAUGUGUUUAGCCUCUUUUCCCCGGCCGAUAUUCGAAGAAGUCGCGAUCAGGCCCUUGAAAAUAUCGAAACCCUUAUCCUCGUUCUGACGUCUCGUCUAUUCGUUCUGCGGCACCAUCCAUCCUUUCCCGAUAAUGAGCUGGCUCCGGAGAGGGAAGCACUCAACUGCGUACGGGUGCUUACCCGUAUAUUACCGUAUCUCUACGAAAAAGAAUCAUUGCAUCCAUGGGAAGAGAAGUUUUUCUGGGGAGCUAGGAAGAGGAGAACCCGCCACGGCGCCAUCGCCAACGAAGUGCUGUUCGACGAAUCGACAGGUGACAAAGAACACGUAGAGGCUGACAAGGAACUCUUCGAAGACGUAAAGCCACUGGCUGAGGAGCUUCUUGAUACCCUGCUCGAUAUGCUCUUUUUUUCCGAGUUUACCAUUCCGAAGCAGCAACCCGGUCGGCCAAAAGUGACGUAUGCAAUCUGGCAGAGUGGCGUGGGCUGCAAUACUGCGGUAGCAACGACGAAGGAGUUCGAGAGCAACAGAUGCGAACUGCUACGGUUGAUAUUGGCGCUUGCUGGUCGCGGCCUCUAUAUGAGCAGCCCUGCAUUGACACAAAGUGGAGUUCGGACACUGACGCACUUAUGCACAAAUCCGGACAAGCAAGUUGUGCUUUCGCUGCUCUGCUCAUUACUGAAUACGACCCUCAAAUAUCAUCCGGCCAGCUGGCGCGUACCCUAUAACUCGCUAGUCAUUCGCGACACCAAGCAACUACUUGUUACACAGUCUUUACACUUGCUAUUAGCAGUACUCGUUUAUACUGUCCCCGAACACAUUGAAGCUUCGUCAAGAAAGAACUAUUAUCGGCACUUUCUCGGUCGACUACACCGUCCUCAAGAUUUUCAAUUUAUAGUGGACGGGGUUUCACGAAUCCUCACCCAACCCCUCCAAGAUAAGACGUCAUAUCUUCCUGGAGCUCACACAUCAGUAAAUCUGUCGGCGGAGAUGCUCAUGCUGUUUUGGGAAAUGAUCCAAUGCAACAAGCGUUUUCGCGCGUUCGUUAUUGAUACAGACAGAGCCCACGACUUUAUCGUCUUGACACUCUUCUAUGCUGUCGAGUACAAAAAUGAACCGGCAAAGCAGGGCAUCGUCCGAAUGUGCGCAUUCUUGCUACAGACCAUGAGUGUGGAAAAGAAUUUUGGUCUUCACCUGAAUCAAAAGUUUGUUGGUCAAGAGAGCCUCCCGCCUGGUAUCAGAAUCAACGCAUUCGACGGUUCCUAUGCCGACUUUCUCAUACAUUCCAUAUAUACCCUCAUCACGACUAGCCAGGGUGGCCUCACUGCGAUAUACCCUGCACUUCUCGCGAUCAUCAACAACAUCGCGCCAUAUAUCGAGAACCUAGGUGCAUCGGGCAGCUCCCAACUUAUGCAUCUCUUUGCUCUCAUGUCCUCUCCUUCGUUUCUGCUGGCCAAUGAAACGAACCACACCCUCUUGCGAUCUCUACUGGAGUCUAUCAACACAAUCAUCGAGCACAAGUAUAAGGAAAACGCUCAACUUGUGGCGGCCGUUUUCAAAAACAAGAAGCCAAUCGAGAGUUUGAGAACGUUUACCCUCGAGAGCGGCUUGCAAGAGAUGGAGCGACGAAAUCGAAGACGCAAGGACGCAGGUAGAGAUGUUGAUGCUACCAACAUUGGCUCUCGACGCACCUCUGUCGACAGCUUAGAGCCUACGAGAAGCCCUGUUAUAGGCCAAACUCAUGCUCUCGAAGAGGUUGUAGAGGAUACUGCAUUCGCCAUUGGCGAUGACGAUGAUAGCGAUGAUGAGCCGCAAGCGACACCUGCUGCGUCCACUACAAGCGAGAACCAGUCACAAACGUCCUUGACACCAAACGUCGACGACUCUGUACCAGUGCAGCUACGCGGCAUGUCGGAGAAGGCUAGAGGCAAACUGCCCGCGGGUAUCAGGUCAUUUUCCAGGCAAAACAGCACCACAAGCCUAGGUGGCUAUUCUGUAGGGGGUCAAAGUGGCAGUGGCAGCUUUCAGCCGUCAUCAUACUGGAUCGAAAGCUGGCUCCCAGAACUGCCACUGCACACAUUUCUCGUCGUUAUCCAACAAGUAUCGAGUCUGCUGCCACGAAAGGCGGGCCAGGACAUAUUUUCGGCAGAGAGCAUGCAGCGCAUCCGGGAACUUGAUCUUGUGGGUGUCGAAGCAUCGCAAGUUAAGGUGCAGUCCUUUGAAUGGUCACCGCUGUCACUUGGCUGGUAUGAGUCGAUGCUUUGGGGGGUCGUCUACGCAAGCGAGAUGCAGAUUGCAAAGGGUACCUCGGGAAUCUGGACAGGGACUGGCGUCAAGUUGUUCCGCAUUCAGGAAACCGCACCCACUGGCCCAACACUUUCAUCGCCGCGAGGUGCAGUUGAUGCCGUCGGCAGCAACAUUGUCUCCCGUAUUGGGCAAAUUAACCUGCGAGGUGGUGCAGGUAGUACGGGUAGUGCAGCUGGUGGAAAUGCCCCUCAGUAG